UUUCUGGACCCAAGAAAGCAGCAUGGAUCUGUGGUCUCUGAACGUCAAGAACGCAGGCGGCAGCCCGUGUCUCCUUGGCAGUUCGUUCCGGGAGGUUUGUGGGCAAUCUGGGAGAGGAUCCGCCGCCGCCAAAGCCGCCGCCGCCGCCGCCGGGUCGAGGGUCUUCGAGAUCAGCGCGUUCAAGAAGCGGAGGCCUUGCCACGCGCCCCGUCCCGUUCCCCACCGAUCCCUGGCUGUUCGAGCUCUGGCCAAGAAGAAUAACGGCUCCAAUUCUUCCUCACCUGGAAAUGGCGAUCAUUCUACUCCAGAUUCUUCUGAUGUCAACAGAUCCAAUGAUACCGCUUCUCAGAAGUCUAACCAUAAGAAUCCGGAUUGGAGAGAGUUCAGGGCAAAUCUUUUUGCAAGGGAGCAGGCAGAAAAAGCUGAAUCAGAGGCUCACAACAAAGAUGAGGGUCAUCAUGAGUCCAAACCUCUAGGCAUCAAGUGGGCACAUCCCAUUCCAGUACCAGAAACUGGCUGUGUCCUUGUGGCUACGGAAAAGCUUGAUGGGGUCCGCACUUUCGAGAGGACAGUUGUUCUCCUUCUCAGAUCGGGAACUAGACACCCACAAGAGGGGCCAUUUGGAGUAGUCAUCAACCGGCCACUUAACAAGAAGAUCAAACACAUGAACCCCACUAACCUCGAUCUUGCCACAACAUUCGCCGACUGUUCUUUGCAUUUCGGUGGCCCUCUCGAAGCGAGCAUGUUUCUACUAAAAUCUGGGGAAAAGGCCAAGCUUCCUGGCUUUGAGGAGGUGAUUCCUGGUCUAUGUUUUGGCGCCCGCAACAAUUUGGAUGAAGCAGCUGCGCUUGUCAAGAAGGGAGUUUUGAAGCCUCAAGAUUUCAGAUUCUUUAUGGGCUAUGCUGGAUGGCAGUUUGAUCAGUUGAGAGAAGAAAUAGAAUCUGAUUAUUGGCAUGUCGCUGCAUGUAGCUCAAAUCUGAUCUGUGGUGGUUCAUCGAGUUCAUCCUCAGGCCUCUGGGAGGAGAUCCUGCAGCUAAUGGGCGGUCACUAUUCAGAGCUCAGCCGAAAGCCUAAGCAAGAUAUGUAGAUACUUGUGGGCUUGAACUGAAUAAAGAAGCUCGAAAACAAUUCAGAUCUUUGAGCCAGAAUCUUGUGGAAAAUAGUAUUAACUCAAAUGUACAGUACUAUAGCGUAGGUCUUCCUUUUUCCAACUUUUGUUCCUGGAUAGGAGCAUGGGUUGUUGGUAAAGACAUGUUCUUGUUUUCUUUGAUUUGAUUAAUGCACUGUUAUUUAUCUUUUUAAAGAAAGGUGUGCUAGAUACAUUCUCUUGGCAGUAA